AUGCGAUGGAAGAGCCUCAAUUCUGCGAUUCCGUUCCUUCUCUUCUCCUUAAUUUAUCGAGUAACUUCAGAAGACACGGGUCCAAUCGGAGAGCAUGUGUGCACAGUACCAAAAUUAGUCGAUUCCUAUGAGAUCCAGAAAGUCGUCCGGCCGACGACGCUCGUCGAUUACGAGACGUGUGCCGAUAUUACGCAGGGAUUUAGCUGUAAAACUGUCAAGACCGGCAACAAGGUCACCUACGAGCGACGGUUGAAGAAGAUUGAAAAGUACGUGCGUGAGUGCUGCGAGGGGUACUACGAGACAAAGGACAGAAUAUGCAAACCCGACUGUAACCCGGCCUGCAAGAAGGGCCGUUGCGUCGAGCCGAACGUUUGCGAGUGCGACGCUGGGUAUGGGGGGAAGACGUGUGCUUCGACAUGCUCCUUCGGCAAAUGGGGCCCGUCCUGCCGAAAUGAGUGCGGAUGUGAGAACGGAGCGAGUUGCGACCCGGAGUCCGGAGUCUGCGCCUGUACUGUUGGGUGGAAGGGCGAAAAGUGCGGUGAGGUCUGCGACCCGGAGAAGGAAUGGGGUGUCGGAUGCAAGGAGAAGUGCAUCUGCCAGAAUGGCGGAAAAUGCGACGCGACAACCGGGGAAUGCAAAUGCCCAAAGGGAUACGGUGGAAAGUACUGUCUACAGCAAUGUUCCGAGGGAAUGUUCGGGGAGGAUUGCCAAUUCUCGUGCAACUGCCAGAAUGGGGCCACCUGCGACCGUGAGAAUGGGAAAUGCCUCUGUGCGCCGGGCUUCAAGGGCCCCGUGUGUGAGGAGGCUUGCCCUGACGGGACAUUCGGGCCAAAUUGCGAGAAAAAGUGCAGCUGUCUGAACAAUAACAACUGCGACGCGAAGACUGGAAAAUGCAUUUGCAUCGGCUGGAAGGGAACACAAUGCGAAACGGGAUGUCCAAGAGGAUUUUUCGGGCGCGACUGCUCGGAAAAGUGUCAAUGCGCGGGCAUCGACCGUCCCGAUUCGAAGGCCGCAUGCGACGCGAUCACCGGUACCUGCCUAUGUGAAAAAGGCUUCGCCGGGGCCGAUUGUCAAUUCAGAGCUUGCCCGGAGGAUAUGUGGGGUCAGAAGUGCGACCAGCAAUGUACCUGUUUGAUGGAUAACACGGAGACGUGUACGCCCGAUACCGGCGAUUGCCGAUGCAAAGCCGGCUGGACCGGUGAUUCCUGCGAAAAGCGUUGCGACAAGAUGCGCUGGGGUGUGGAUUGCGGCCGGAAUUAUAAAGGGGCAUGCGUUUGUUUGCCCGGAUAUUAUGGCACCGACUGCAAGAAGAGGUGCCCUCCGGGAAAAUUCGGACUUGACUGCGCCUUCGAUUGCCAGUGCAAGCAUGGCCAGUGCAAUCCGGUCAACGGAAAAUGCAUCUGCGAGGAAGGUUUCCAAGGCCCCGAGUGCGAAUUCGGAUGCCCGGCCGGCACUUCCGGUGCCGGGUGCAAGGCUUGCGAGUGUGGCGGAAAUGGGCGCGGAUGUUCAGCCCAGAAUGGGACAUGUCUCUGCCAGGCCGGCUUCCACCUUUCCGACGACAACAAAUGCCAGUUGCCCUGUCCGGAGGGGUGGUUUGGAAUGGACUGUCGGCACAAGAGUGCUUGCAAGGUGCCUGGAAAACCGACAAAACGCGGGGCUACUGUGGCGGCCGAUAGUGGCGUCUGCACAUGUACGGCGGAUUUUAAGGGCGAGGACUGCUCCACGCAAUGCCCUCAAGGUCUUUUCGGGCAGGCGUGCAAACGGGAGUGUGAUUGUGGGGAUUACUUCUGCAAUCAGGAGACUGGACAGUGCUCGUGUCCACCUGGGAAGAGAGGGCGACGAUGCGAAGAAGCCUGCCCUUCCGGCCAUUUCGGCCUCGAUUGUGACUUCGAGUGCCCGAAUUGUGCCCAAAACGGAGAAGAGGGACCCACCUGCGAUGGCCGGAACGGAAAAUGCAAAUCAUGUCCGCUCGGAAAGUACGGCCACUUCUGCGAGGAAAACUGCCCGGCGGGGACCUAUGGAAAGGAUUGUGUCGAGAAAUGCUCGUGUGAUGCCGGGGAAUGCGACCCGGCCACUGGGAAAUGCCACUGCCCGCCAGGAAGGGUCGGCGAGAGCUGCGAAAAAAAAUGCGACGCUGGAACCUGGGGUGUGGGUUGUUCAUCUACAUGCCCCCGAUGUGCGAAUGGAGGUGUUUGUGAUGGCGAGACCGGGCUGUGUCUAUGCAGGCCAGGCUGGCAGGGCAGGACUUGCGAGAGGCAGUGCCAGCCAGGCUUCUGGGGCCUUGGAUGUGAGAAGAGCUGCUCGUGUGCCUCGGAAUUCAAGCAGUGCCACCCGGAAACCGGGGAAUGCGCGUGCCCAUCCGGUACUCAGGGUGAUCAAUGCUCUCAACCUUGUGAGCCCGGCUUCUUUGGGCCCGACUGUAUCCAGCAUUGCAAGUGUCAGGGGAUCAGCACAGCGACGUGCAACCGCUUCACCGGCUCCUGCCAAUGCCACCCGGGUUUCGAGGGCGAGUUCUGCCAUAAUUUGUGCCCGGAGGGUCGAUUCGGGCUGAAAUGCGCGAAGGAGUGCGGGAAAUGCCCCGGGGAGGAGGAGCGAUGUGAUGCGGCUAUCGGAUGCUGCCAUCCCGAUGAUAUUCAAUGCGGGAAAGCCAUGGAAGCCUACCUGAAAAUGGGAAACGUCGGCCGGGGUCCCUCGUUCUGGCUGUGGUUGAUGGCCAUCAUCGCCAUCAUCAUUGGGGUCGUGUUCUUCUGCGGGCUGUUCCACUACCGCCGGAAGUAUAAGAAGGAGAAGGUGCCCGAGCUGCCGAAUGUUGUAUACUACAACACCGAGGACAAAGACGCCAACGAGUUCAACAACCCGCUCUACUCGAACACCGGCGCUUUCGAUCGAGACCUAAGCCAGCACAACCACGUGAUGACCGAGGUCGAGGAGAAGGACGAGAUCGAGCAGCUCAAGGGACGUAAUAUUCGCGGAAAGAAGGGCAAUGACUACGCAACACUCGACGAUAUGCGGAAUUCGCCGAGCACCUCCGUCGGCUCCCCGGGAUCAUCAUCACAAUACGAGAAUACGGGUGCUGCGUGGGACGCCGAGAAGCAGAACUACGACAACCAUAAAAAGAACCAGAACUAUUAUUCG